AUGUUGACCCGCCUCGUCGUCGCGCUCGCUGCGGCCGCGGCGUCGAUUGCUGCGGCCGAGACGGUCUUCCGCGAGACGUUCGACGACGACGACUGGGCCUCGCGCUGGGUCGCGUCGACGUGGAAGCCCGCGGACGAGGUGGGCAAGUUCGAGCACGUCGUGGGCACGUACUACCCCGAGUCGGGCGCUGAUAAGGCCAUCAAGACGAGCGAAGACGCGCGGUUCUACGCGCUCACGGCCAAGUUCGACGCGCCGCUGGACAACAAGGACAAGGACGUGUACCUGUCGUACCUCGUGCAGCACGAGCAGCGGCUCGACUGCGGCGGCGCGUACAUUAAGCUGCUGCCGGCCGACGUGGACCAGUCGAACUUUGGCGGCGAGUCGCCGUACGCCGUGAUGUUUGGGCCCGACAUUUGCGGCGCAGAGAAGAAGACGCACGCGAUCCUGAGCUACGCGCGGCCUGGCCAUGAGGUCGAGAACAUGCUGCACAAGGAGACGCUGCGGACCGAGUCGGACUCGGACCCGCACGUGUUUUCGUUUGUGUUGAAGCAGGACAACACGUACGAGGUGCGGAUCGACGGCAAGAGCGUCAAGGCGGGCGAGUUGGCGGCCAACUGGCCGUUCCAGCCCGAGAAGGAGAUCCCGGACCCCGACGUGGAGAAGCCGGCGGACUGGGUGGACGUGCAGAAGAUUGCGGACCCGGCGGCCGUGAAGCCCGCGGACUGGGACGAUGCGCCGCGCGUGAUCCCCGACCCGUCGGCCGUCAAGCCCGAGGACUGGGACGACGAGGACGACGGCGAGUGGGAGCCCGCGAUGAUUGAGAAUCCUGCGUACAAGGGCGAGUGGAAGGCGCCGAUGGUGGACAACCCGGCGUACAAGGGCGAGUGGGUGCACCCGUUGAUCGCCAAUCCCGAGUACUUUGAGGACGCGGCCAUGUACAACGUGGUGAAGAACGUGGGCGCGAUCGGCUUUGAGCUGUGGCAGGUCAAGAGCGGGACGUUGUUCGACGACAUUCUCGUGACCACGAGCGAGGCGGAGUUCACUGCUCACGAGGAGAAGGUGAUGGAGAAGGUGGACGAGAUGCUGAAGCGGAAGAAGCAGGUGGAGGACGAGGAGAAGGCGAAGCGGGAGGCGGAGGCAAAGGCGGAGGCGGACGAGACGGAGGAGAAGGAGGGUGAGGACGCAGUGGACGAGGAUGCGGAGGACGUGGACGAGGAAGAGGGUGAGGAGGAGGACGAGGAGGACGAGGAGGAGGAUGAGGAGAAGGCGGCGGAGGAGUCGAAGAAAGUGGAAGAAGAGAGGAAAGCGGCGGAAGUGAAGAAGGUGGAAGCAGAGAAGAAGGCGGAAGAGGCGAAGAAGGCGGCGGAGGAGGCGAAGCAGGCGGCAGAGGAGGCGAAGCAGGCGGUGGAGGAGGCCAAGAAGGCCGAAGAGGAGAAGAAGGUGGAAGAGGAGAAGGCGAAGAAGGACAAGAAGAAGAAGAAGGCACAGAAGAAGAGCAAGAAGAGCAAGGCUGCGAAGAAGGGCAAGGCCGCGAAGAAGGACAAGGCCGCGAAGAAGGACAAGGCCGCGAAGAAGGACAAGGCCGCGGAGGAGGAAAAGAAGGACGAGCUGUAG